AGGGGAGGGGACGGGGGCACACGGAUGGCUCCGCUGACCUCGAGGCCAGGGUCGUUCUCUCUCCCCUGCUGCUGGUCAGUUGGGUGGCUGAGUCGCUUUCCUUCAAGGUUAUUGUUACCUGGGCGACCUUGUGUUCCAGUUGAGGAAAAGGCAGAUGACCAGGUCAGGCUCAGGCAGGAGCCAGGGCAGCGGCAGGGCCCAGGGGAGGUAUCACGGAGGAACUUUGUGGUCAAGAGACUAGAGGAGGUUGUCGUAAUUGACUUUAAGCAGCAAACAGGAAAACGCUGAGCUCUUCAGCUCCACCUUUCUUGCUCUGAGAACUGGAGAACCAAGAAGGUUUGAUGUUUUGUGUGGCGCCGCCUGAAUCAGAAACCACGAUGAACGUAACCAAAGGGGGUCUGAUGUUGUUUUCGGCAAAUUCUAAUGCGUCCUGUAUGGAGCUUUCAAAGAAGAUCGCUGAGCGGCUGGGGGUGGAGAUGGGCAAAGUGCAGGUUUACCAGGAGCCUGACAGAGAAACAAGAGUACAAAUUCAAGAGUCUGUGAGGGGAAAAGAUGUUUUCAUCAUCCAGACUGUUUCAAAGGAUGUGAACAGCACCAUCAUGGAGCUGCUGAUCAUGGUGUACGCGUGCAAGACCUCCUGCGCCAGGAGCAUCACCGGCGUCAUCCCCUACUUCCCGUACAGCAAGCAGUGCAAGAUGCGGAAGCGGGGCUCCAUCGUGUCCAAGCUGCUGGCGUCCAUGAUGUGCAAAGCUGGUCUGACUCAUCUUAUUACUAUGGAUUUACACCAGAAGGAAAUUCAAGGAUUCUUCAACAUUCCUGUUGAUAAUUUAAGAGCAUCUCCUUUCUUAUUACAGUAUAUUCAAGAAGAGAUCCUGGAUUACAGGAAUGCGGUGAUCGUGGCCAAGUCUCCAGCCUCUGCGAAGAGGGCACAGUCCUUCGCCGAGCGCCUGCGGCUGGGCAUCGCGGUGAUCCACGGGGAAGCGCAGGACGCCGAGUCGGACCUGGUGGACGGGCGGCACUCCCCGCCCGUGGGCAGGAGCGCGGCCGCCAUCCACCCCAGCCUGGAGAUCCCCCUGCUGAUUCCUAAAGAGAAGCCCCCGAUCACCGUGGUCGGCGAUGUGGGAGGAAGGAUCGCCAUCAUCGUGGACGACAUUAUCGAUGAUGUGGACAGCUUCCUUGCUGCAGCAGAGACCCUGAAGGAAAGGGGUGCAUACAAGAUCUUCGUGAUGGCGACGCACGGCUUGUUGUCCUCUGACGCCCCCCGGCUCAUUGAGGAAUCUGCCAUCGACGAGGUGGUGGUUACCAAUACAAUUCCACAUGAAAUCCAGAAGCUCCAGUGCCCCAAAAUUAAAACUGUGGAUAUCAGCAUGAUCCUUUCGGAAGCCAUCCGUCGGAUUCACAAUGGACCCUGCGCGCCCUGGACUCGCAGUCGCUUGGCUGCAGCAGGAGAGGAAUCGGAGCACCAGCUGUGAGCCACUGGGGCAGGGUUUUAUGGAAGCGUGUGAUGACUCCUAAGCUGACUGUCUGGAGAUCUCAGUUGCCACAAACAACAAAAAGUACAGACUUUACAAAAUCGGGUGAGAAAAGCCACUACACAGACAAACACUGUGGAGAGAGAAGGAUCUGAUUUCCAGACUUUCAUAUUAUAAUAUUAAAAAUAUCAGUUGUCAACAACAGAAAAUUCCAAGGCAUGUGAAAAAACAAGAAGGUUGGGCCCAUACACAGGGUCUUCCUUGAGGAAGUCCAGAUGUUAGACUUACUAGACAAAGACUUUGAAUGAGCUAUUUAAAAUAUGCUCAAAGAGCUAAAGGAAACCAUGGGAAUUCUGUCUCACCAAAUGGAGAAUAUCAACAAGGAGAGAGAAAUAAUAAAAAUGAACCAAACAGAGAGGAUGUGAGGAAGAUGGUGGAGCAGGAAGCACCAGGAAUCUGUCUCCACCUAGACAGAAAUCCAUCUGAUGAUCUUGGAAUUCUGAGUCUAUGGAAGGUUUGCAGUUUUCAGGGUGAGUGCUGGACAGUAGAUUGUAGCUAAUUUUUGUGAAAAACAGCUCUUGGUACAGUUGUGGAUACCUGACCCCCAUUCCCAGCCCUGCGGCAGGCAGCUCUGCACACGUGCCUGGGGCAAUCUGCACAAGCUUGUGGGAGCCAGGAUAGGCCAAACGGCCCCUCCUUCAAAUAGCAUCUGUGCUCUGAGAGCUGGUGGUGGCUUCUGAUCGCAGAGGUGCAGAGGCUGGGAACCAUCAUUACUUCACCUCCCUUGUUGCAAGCCCCUACCCCUUCAGUUGAAGAAGGAAUAGUUCCUAACUCAUUCUGUGAGGCCAGCAUUACCCUAGCACAAAAACCAGACAAAGACAUUACAAGAAAAGAAAAAGUCCAAUAUCUCAAGAAAAUAGGAGCAAAAAUCCUCAACAAAAUAUUAGAACAAUUCAAACAACGUAUAAAAAGAAUUAUGCAUGACCAAGUGGCUUUAUCCCAGAUAUGCAAGGCUGUCUCAACAUUUGAAAACCAAGUCACGUAAUACAUCACAUCAAAAGACUAAAAAAAGAAAAACUGCAUGGUUAUAUUGAUUGAUGCAGAAAGGGCAUCUGACAAAAUCCAACAUCCGUUAAUGAUGAAAACGGAGUGAAACAGGAACAGAGAGGGAAUUUCCUCAUCUUGUUAAAGAAUAUCUACAAACAUCCUACAGUGAAUAUCAUACUUAGUGGUAAGCAAUAGAAACUUUCCCACUAAGAUCAGGAACAAGGCAAGGAUGUCCCCUCCAUCCCUCUUUCAACAUUGUACUGGAAAGCCAAGCUAAUGUGUUAAGACAAGGAAAGGAUUUAAAAGGUACACAAAUUGGGGAGGAAGAAAUAAAGCCACUUUGUUCUCAGAUAAUAUGAUCAUCUACGUAGAAAUUCUGAAGGAAUAACAACCCCCACCCCCACCCCAACUUGGAACUAAGAAGUGGUUAUAGUUAGAUUGCAGGAUACAAAGUCUAUUAUUACUUUCUUAUAUACAAACAAUGAAAAAGUGAUGUUUGAAAAUAGAAAUACAGUACCAUAUACAUAAGCACCACAAAAAUGACAUACUUAGGAAUAAGUCUAACAAAGCAUGUGUAAGAUCUAUAUAAGGAAAACUACAAAACUCUGAUGAAAAAUCAACUAAGUAAAUGGAGAGAUAGUCCAUGUUCAUGGAGAGGAAGACUCAUUAUUGUCAAGAUGUCAGUUCUUCCCAGCUUGAUCUAAAGAUUCGACACAAUCCCAAUCAAAAUCCCACCAAGUUAUUUUGUGGAUUCUGACAAACCGAUUCUAAAGCUUGCAUGGAGAGAGAAAAGACUCAGAAUUGCCAAUACAUUAUUGAAGGAGAAGAACGAAGUUGGAGUAUUCACACUACCUCACUUCAAGAUAACUCUAAAAUUACCAUAAUCAAGAGUGUGGUAUUGUUGAAAGAAAAGACAAAUGGGCCAACUGAACAGAAUAGAGAGCACUCAGAAAUACAUCCACAUAAAUAUAGUCAACCAAUCUUUGCCGAAGGAGCAAAGGCAAUAUGGUGGGCCAAAAUUGUCUUUUCAACAAGUAGUUUUUGAGUAAUGGAUAUUCACAUGGGAAAAAGAAGUGAAUGUAGACUUAAAUGUAAAAGUCAAAACCAUAAAACCCCUAGAAGAAAAGCUAGCUGACCUUGGGAUGGCAAUGACUUUUUAGAUAUGACAGCAAAGGGAUGACCCAUGAAAGAAAUCAUUGCUAAACUGGACCACUAAAACUAAAAACCUUUGCUCUGUGAAAUGCACUGCUAAGAGAGUGGAAGACAAGCCACAGACUGGGAGAAAAGGCUUUGGAAGAAACUUAUCUGAUAAAGGACUGGUAAAGAGAACAAUUAAAUCUCAGUGAUAAGAAAACAAGUCUGAUUAAAAAUUGGGCUGAAGACCUUACAGACAACUCACCAAAGGAAAUAUACGGAUGGCAAAUAAGCCUAUGAAGGAUGCUCUCUAUUAUAUGUCACGUAUCAGAAUGACCAAAAUCUGGAACCCUGACAACACCAAAUGCUGACAAGGAUAUGGAGCAACAGGAACUCAUUCAUUGCUGGUGGGGAUGCAAAAUAACCACUUUGGCAGAAAAGUAAACACUUUUACCAUGUGAUCCAGCAGCCGUGCUCCUUGGUAUUUACCAAAAGGAGUCACAUAAAGGAGUCCACAUAAAAACCUGCAGCUGGAAUUUUAUAGGAGUUUUAUUCAUAAUUGUCAAAACUUGGAAGCAAUCAAAAUGUCCUUCAGUAAGUGAAUGGAUAGACUGUGGUACCCCCAGACAAUGGAAUAUUACUCAAGCAGCAAAAAGAAAUGAGUUAUCCAGGAAACAAUGUGGAGGAAACUAAAACAGGUUUUAUUAAAGAAGAUGCUAUGUGACUCCAACUCUGUGACAGUCUUUAUGGAGAGUGAAAAGAUCAGUGAUUGCCAGGGGUUGGUGGUGGGAUGGAGGGAGGCAUAGUGGUGGGUAUAUGUCAUUAUACAUUUGUCUAAAUCCAUGGAAUGUGCAACACCAAGGGUGAACCCUAGGGUAAGCUGUGGACUGUGGGUGGUGAUGAUGUGUCCAUGUAGGUUCACCAGUUGUGACAAGUGUACAGCUCUGGCGGGGGUGCUGAUAAUGGAAGUUGUGCAUGUGUGGGGCAGGGGCCACUAGGAAAUCUCUGUACCUACUGCUCGGUAUUGCUGUGAACUUAAAAACUGCUCUAAAAAUAAAGUCUUGAAAAAAAACAACAACCCUAGACUGGUUUGACAAAAAAAGGGUACCACAGCCUAGCCAAGUUGACUAGUAACAUUAACCAUCGCACAAGGAUAUGGAUUGUAAUCCCCAGGGCAACCACUAAGAAUACCUUAAAGACACUUAGUCAAAGAAAGGAGAAGGGGACCAAAAUGGGAGGCUAGAAAAUAUCUCUGCAACACCAAGAAGGGUGCAGUGGAGGAACUGAGGGCUAACA